CCUUGGUCAUCUCUCAAUCAUCACGUGUCUUUUGUCCAUGAAUAAAGUGUCUUCCAAGUCAUGGUGGAUAUCUAUGGUUUGAAGUCACACAAGAUGGUUUGCAAGCUCCACUAAGCGUCUAAGAUCGUCUUCUAUCGCCUCUUAUUUCUUCACAGUAUAUUUUAGUUCCUCCAUUGUGAUACACCCACACUCAAGCUAUGUCCAAGCCUUCCUUUCUGAAAGUUGUCCUAUUAGGUGAUGGUGGUGUCGGCAAGUCCUCUCUCAUUCAACGAUUCGUGAGCAACAAGUUUGACCCUUCUCUCUUCCACACAAUCGGGGUGGAGUUCCUCAACAAAGACUUGGAAGUUGACGGGGAACGAUUCACACUGCAAAUCUGGGACACAGCAGGACAGGAGCGAUUCAAAAGUCUACGGACACCUUUCUACCGUGGGACCGAUUGCUGCUUACUCACAUUCGCUAUCGAUGAUGCUCAGAGCUUUCAAAAUAUUGCAAUAUGGCGGAAAGAAUUCCUCUACUAUGCAGAUGUCAAGGAUCCCGACAGCUUCCCAUUCGUGGUGCUAGGCAACAAGUGUGACUUGGUGAGUGAGAGGAAAGUGAACAGUGACGAAGCAAGUGCGUGGUGUAACCAGAACGGUAAACUACCGUACUUUGAGACCAGUGCUAAAGAUUCUGUAAAUGUGGAGAAGGCGUUUGCGUCUGCCAUUCGUCGAGUGUCUUCAUUAAACCAAGGCGGUUCAGGCAAGAGACAGGACUAUGCUGUAGAUCUGAACAAGCCUUCUUCGUCUAGUAAGGGUUGUUGUGUGUGAGUCUUUGUUUCUGUGAUCCAUAGUGUAUUUUUAUUAGAGUUACUGAUUUGUUGUGCAUACAUUUUUGUCUUCACCAUAAUAAUUUAUUAUUGUGUGUUUGUGCAUGCGUCAUAACCAUAACAUGAUGUCAAUAAAUGAUUUAUUAUUAUUAUAUAAUUUC